CUUAAACCGAAUUGGUGACGAAAUGGAGUCUGGGCAUAAUUUUAUAAAGUCGGGAAAUUGCAAUGAUAAGAGAUGCAUGGCGGAGGUAAGGUAAGGUAGAAACUAGAAACGACGUGGUGAUGAUCGAUCGGAAAUUGCAAUGCGAAGAGAUGAAAAGAGGGAGAGUAGGCAAGAGUUUGGUGGCAUUGAGCAGGCAACGCUUCAUUUACAUUCUCAUCGCUCUUGCGCUUUUCUACCUUGUCUUCUUCACCCUCGAAAUCCCCUUCGUCUUCACACUCACGCAACACCAACCCUCUCCCACUCGCGCCCACCCUCACGUUCACUUUCGCCGCCCAAACGGUGUCGUCUCCGGCUUGUUGCUAAACCACGCCGCAUUCGAUUCGGACCUCUACCAAUCCGCCUGCCGUGCGGGGAAGGCCGUUUGGGCCGACCUGCAAUCGCCAGCCCUCGUUUGGAAGCCCCAGAACCGAUCUGGGCCUUGCCCCCGCUCUGUCUCCGUGUCUGGGCCUGAGUUUCUGGGCCGCGGGAGUGUCAUGGUCAUUCCCUGUGGCCUCACGUUGGGCUCCCACGUUACGGUGGUUGGGAAGCCCUUGAGGGCGCAACGGAGGAGGUGUCAGUUCGUGAUGGAGUUGCAGGGGUUGGAGACCGUGGAGGCUGAAGACCCACCUAGGGUCUUGCAUUUCAAUCCCAGGCUUAAAGGGGAUUGGAGUGGGAAGCCUGUCAUUGAGCUCAACACUUGUUAUCGCAUGCAUUGGGGUUCUGCAUUGCGUUGUGAUGGUUGGAAAUCCAGAGCUGCUGAAGAUACUGUGGAUGGGUUGGUCAAGUGUGAGAAAUGGAUUGGGGGUGAUGAUGAUGAUAGGCAUGCGGAGGAGUCCCAGGCAGCAUGGUGGUUGAAGAGACUGAUAGGUCGGACUAAACAUGUAAUGGUUGACUGGCCAUUUCCAUUUUCUGAGAACAAGCUAUUUGUUCUUACUCUUAGUGCCGGGUUAGAGGGCUAUCAUGUUAAUGUUGAUGGGAGGCAUGUCACCUCUUUUCCUUAUCGCACUGGGUUUACUCUUGAGGAUGCCACUGGCCUCUCUUUGAGUGGAGACAUUGAUGUCCAUUCUGUAUUUGCUGCCUCUUUGCCUUCGGUGCAUCCCAACAUUUCCCCGCAGCAGCAUCUUGAAUUUUUGACCAGAUGGCGUGCCCCGACUCUUCCUCGCUUCGGUGUGGAAUUGUUCAUAGGGAUCCUUUCUGCUGGAAACCAUUUUGCUGAGCGGAUGGCUUUGAGGAGGUCAUGGAUGCAGCAUAGGUUUAUCAAAUCUUCUAAAGUUGUGGCUCGUUUCUUUGUAGCACUGCAUCCAAGGAAAGAAGUUAAUGUAGAGUUGAAGAAGGAAGCAGAAUAUUUUGGUGAUGUUGUUAUUGUUCCUUACAUGGAUAACUAUGAUCUUGUUGUGUUGAAAACGGUGGCCAUAUGUGAAUAUGGGGUUUACACAGUUUCUGCGGACUAUAUAAUGAAGGGUGAUGAUGACACUUUUGUAAAAGUUGAUGCUGUUAUGAAUCUAGCAAGGAAUGUUCCAUAUUCUAUGAGCUUUUAUAUUGGGAACAUUAAUUUCCACCACAAACCCUUGCGCCGUGGUAAAUGGGCUGUAACAUAUGCGGAGUGGCCACAAGACUAUUACCCACCCUAUGCUAAUGGACCGGGUUAUAUUUUGUCUUCUGAUAUUGCACACUAUAUAGUAUCAGAAUUUGAGGUUCAUAAAUUAAGGUUGUUUAAGAUGGAAGAUGUGAGUAUGGGAAUGUGGGUCGAGCAAUUUAACAGAACGAAUCCAGUUCACUAUUUGCAUAGCAUCAAGUUCUGCCAGUUUGGUUGUGUAGAAAACUAUUACACAGCCCAUUACCAAUCGCCUAGGCAGAUGACAUGCUUGUGGAAUAAAUUGCAGAAGCAGACAAGGCCUCAGUGCUGCAACAUGAGAUAACGUUGAGGUAUAGGUUGCCAUCUUUGAAUUCAGUGAGGAACAAAGUAAAUAAGUUUUGCAGUCAUAGUUUAGCUUCAAUGUUGUAUAUAUAGUGGAGCUUGGAUAGUUAAAUGUAGCCAUGUAUAAAUGCGGCCUUCUAAAUUUCAUUGUUUAUUUAUUUAUUUAUUCUUUUGGAAAA